CAUUCUGCUUGUUCAUCCUCUCUUUUUUCGACCAUGUUAAGUCUUUGUCUCUUCAAUUCAGAAUUUCUAUUAUUUCUUGGGCAUUGAGAAUCCACUUUACCAUAACAACUAGCCACUUAAUACUUCACACCCACGCAGAGAGCAUUUAGUAAAUCCAAAUAGACGAGUUGGAUUUAUCGUGAACAAGGGUUAAAUUUGAUGGCAGAUUACCAAGUUAAGAAAGACACAAGCACAGAGCCUGCAGUAACCAGGUCAAGAUGGAAUCCAACAUCGCAGCAAUUACAGGUACUUGAAGGAAUAUAUAGACGUGGUAUCAGAACACCAUCGGCUGAACAAAUCCAGCAGAUUGCAGCAAAACUUUGUCGAUUUGGUAAGAUCGAAGAGAAAAAUGUGUUCUAUUGGUUUCAAAACCACAAAGCAAGAGAAAGGCAGAAAAAACGUCGUCAUCUAGAAUCAUUAUCUAGAGCGAGGAUACAUGGUGUUCAGACCCUGGAAGCAAAACACACAGGAUUCAGCAAGAGAGAUUUGGGAAUUGAUCAUGCUAAGAAGUUGGCUACUCCUUCAAACUGCAGCACACUUUCAGAGGAUUCUGUAGCAGUGCAUCAGAGAGAAUUGCACCAGACAACAGCGGAGAAUCAAGAAACCUGGCCACUGGACUUGUAUUCUUUUAUGCCUCCCAACAAAAUAUUUACUACAAAGGAUAAUUCAAAGCCUUAUGGUGCCCUAAAACUCAGCAUGUCAUUAUUGCCUUCCAAGAAUGAUGAUUUAAUAAAUAUUCUUGACAAUGAAGGUAAAGAAAAUCUAACCCUUGAGCUCUUUCCAAUAUGGAGGAAUGACCAGACCCUGGAUGUCACUGCUAAGGAGGAUAUUGAUGUUUCAAGCUUAAAAAAUAUAAUUACUCGAAACGAAUUUUUCGAAUUUCUUCCUCCAAAAAAUUGAUAGCUUGAGGCUUUUAGGUAGUACUUGAUAAUCUAGGAGAAGAAAUAUGCGGAAUUUAUUUUCAUUACAUAUAUGUAUCCACCGA